UGUUAAAGUGAUAAAGAAGCAAAAAGAAACGGUGAAAGUGGAGAAAAUCAUUGAGAAUCCAACAAAAGUUGGAUCCUUUGGAAAAGAAAACAAAUAUAGGGAUUUGGCAAGUGGCGUUCCCCCUUUUGAUAGAUAUUGUAGUGUACUAUUUAUUGGGGAAAAUCUGAUCGGAGAAAAAUGGCGAUGGCGGGUUUGUAUCGCCGGGUUCUUCCAUCUCCUCCGGCUAUUGAUUUCGCUUCUAAUGAAGGAAAGCAACUUUUUUUGGAGGCCAUCCAGAAUGGAACAAUGGAAGGAUUUUUCAAGUUGAUCUCUUAUUUUCAGACACAAUCUGAGCCAGCAUAUUGUGGUCUGGCUAGCCUUUCCAUGGUCUUGAAUGCCCUUUCUAUUGAUCCAGGAAGAAAAUGGAAAGGGCCUUGGAGAUGGUUCGAUGAAUCCAUGUUGGACUGCUGUGAGCCAUUGGAGAAGGUUAAAGCUAAAGGGAUCUCCUUCGGGAAAGUGGUAUGUUUGGCUCACUGUGCAGGAGCGAAGGUGGAAGCUUUUCGCUCGAAUCUUAGCACCAUUGAUGACUUCCGUAAACAUGUCAUGGCCUGCACAACUAGUGAUGAUUGUCAUCUGAUCUCAUCUUAUCAUCGAGGACUUUUUAAACAGACAGGUUCAGGCCACUUUUCACCUAUUGGUGGUUAUCACGCGGAAAAGGAUAUGGCACUGAUUCUAGAUGUUGCAAGGUUUAAGUAUCCCCCUCACUGGGUUCCUGUCCCUCUCCUUUGGGAAGCCAUGAACACAAUUGAUGAAGCUACAGGAUUACAUAGGGGGUUUAUGCUUGUCUCUAAGCUUCAUAGAGCUCCUGCACUGCUAUAUACCCUGAGUUGUAAACAUGAGAGUUGGGUCUCUAUCUCAAAGCAUUUGAUGGAUGAUCUUCCCGUCUUCUUAAGUUCUGAAAAUGUGAAGGACGUGAAAGAUGUUCUCUCUACUCUUCUUUCAAAUCUACCUCCCAAUUUUGCUGAUUUCAUAAAGUGGGUAGCUGAAGUUCGAAGGCAAGAGGAGAAUGGUCAAAAGCUAAGUGAAGAGGAGAAAGGAAGGCUAGCUAUCAAGGAAGAGGUAUUGAAACAAGUACAGGACACUCCUCUUUAUAAGCACGUCACAAGCAUUUUACUUUCAGAAGAUUCUGUCUGUCAGUUAAAAGCAGAAACGGAAAGCAGUUUGACCAAUGUUGCUGCGAGCAUUUGUUGCCAAGGAGCAGACAUUUUUGCUGGAAGGUCUGGUUUGUCGGAUAGGUUUUGCUGUCGCCAAACAUGUGUCAGAUGCUACAGAGCUACGGGAGACAAUCCUGCUACAGUGGUGUCUGGGACAGUUGUAAAUGGGAAUGGGAAUGGGGAGCAGGGGGUCGAUGUUCUGGUCCCUACAUCUCAAGCAAAGACUAGCUGCUGUUCUUCGGGGCAAAAUGGUUGCUCACCAAUGCACCCUGGAAGCAACGAUGUGCUGACAGCACUGUUGCUGGCAUUACCUCCACAAACAUGGUCUCACAUAAAAGAUAUGAAAGUCUUGCAGGAGAUAGAGAACCUUGUCUCAGCAGAAAACCUGCCGCCUUUGUUGCAAGAAGAGAUUUUGCACCUGCGAGGGCAGUUCCUCCUGUUAAAGAGAUGCAAGGAUAACAAGGUAGAAGAAGAUUUAGCUGCACCUCCCUUUUAGUUUGCGUUCCUAGGCUAUUAUGAAUACAUUGUUCUGAUGUGAGAUUCAGAUCAAAUCACUGUAAUUUUUUCAGACUUAAAAUUCACCAAAGCACCAUUGAUAUCAUAAGCUGCAAAACAAAAUGCAGAUGUCCUACUUCCUUUCAUUUUUAUAGGUUUGGUAAAAUCAAGAACCACAAGGCGCGUCGAGUCCCAUGGAGCUGGAAAUCUCUUUGUGGAGAUCCAUUUGGUCAAGCAGCUAUUUGGCAUAAAAUGCAUGCUAUGAAGAAUGAGACAAAGUCCAGUUAAGAAACGCUGCUGUGAAGCUUUUAUGCCCUUCGAGCUAUCGGAUUUACAACGUACUUGACCAGGACUACAUUGUAUGUGCCACAUCUUCUAGCUAUGGUAGUUUUCUGUCAAGGGCUGAAGGUAAUGUUCAUAAAUUAUGUUGACACUCUCAUUUCUCUUUUGAAACAGUAUAUAGCACAAGUUGCUGUUCAUUUUCCCUUUUGUCUAUGUAAUUUUAGGAUUUAUUUGCCAUGUAUGUUGGUGUAAUCAUCAUAUCAUAUGAUAUAUUAAAAGUGGGAAGUUCCAACCUUCAAAGUUCGAUUA